AUGUUCAAGACUCUGAUCAAGAUGGCUUCACCGAUCCAACAUGAUCCGCAGCAUUAUCGUGGCCUUGUAGACAUGGGCAGCAAUGGUAUACGAUUCAGCAUCACAAGCCUCCAACCACCCACCCAGCGGAUCAUGCCGACGUUGUACCAGCAUCGUGCCGGCAUAUCACUAUACGAUGCACAGUAUUCGGAGAGUGGCGAGCGAGUGCCAAUCGAUCAAGCGACGAUCAAGGCUGUAAUCGCCUCCUUCAAGCAGUUCAAGCGCACCUGCCAAGAUUUCGAGGUCCCUGAUAAGCACAUCACAGUACUUGCAACGGAAGCCACGAGGACUGCAAUCAAUUCCGAAGACUUUCGAGCUCAGAUCAAGCAAAAGGUAGGUUGGGAUGUGACUAUGUUACCGAAGGAAGACGAAGGUCGCGUUGGUGCGAUGGGCAUCGCAAGCUCGCUACCAGAGGUCAGCGGCCUGGUCAUGGACUUGGGAGGUGGAAGCACCCAGCUCAGCUGGCUGAUCAAACGAGGCGAUACUCAUGGUGUUCAAAUGCCGGAGUCGGGCGCCGUGAGUAUGCCAUAUGGAGCUGCUGCCAUGUCGAGACGACUCGCCGAAGCGGAACGUAACGGAACGACCGCUCAGCUCAAGAAGGAGAUCAAGACAGCUGUCACGGAUGCGUACGCCACUUUGAAAGUCCCAGCGGAACUCGAAGCUGCCGCUCAGAAAAGCGGUGGCUUUACAUUAUACCUCUCUGGUGGCGGCUUCAGAGGCUGGGGCUAUGUGCUAAUGAGCCAGCAUCGUGUCCAACCGUACCCAAUUCCGGCCAUCAAUGGCUUCAAAGUCAGCAGGAGGGAGUUCCUCAGCACAGAUCAGGUGAAGGCAGCAGCAGCAAAGUCUCUUGAAACUGGUGGUGAGAGCGAAUUGUUCCGCAUAUCAGAAAGACGGGCAGGCCAAGUACCGGCAGUGGCACUUCUGGUCAAUGUUCUCGCAGAAGCCUUGCCGCAAGUCAAAGAAGUCCGCUUCUGCCAGGGAGGCGUGCGAGAAGGCUAUCUAUUCUCGUCGCUGUCAGAAGAGAUAAGAGCACAGUACCCGCUUGUGGUGGCAACGCAACCCCUCGCCAGCCACUCUUCGGCACCACUCGUAGAGCUUCUACUGGCAUCGCUGCCGGAGGGACCUACAAAUGGCGCCGUUGACGACUACAAGAGUAUCUUCGUACCUGAACUCCUCGAAGCCUUCGCCAACCUCAUCUACCACCACAGCUCGCACUCGAAAGAUCUGCAGGCAUCCGCUGCUUUACGGACCACAACUUCCGGCGUCUUAGCUGGCGUCCACGGCAUCACUCACGAAGCGCGUACUCUCAUCGCACUCUUGCUCUGUGCCAGAUGGGGCGGCUCAAUCCCACCUUGCGAUGAGCCUUUCAAGCGCACCCUAGAACAAUUGGCAGACUCGCCGUGGACUCUCUGGUGGAUCAACUACAUUGGUGCUGUGGCAGCCCUCAUCAGCGGCGUUCAUCCAUCUGGCGUUAGAGAUGCCGACCGACUGCAGCUAAGAGCAAGUUGGGGGCAGGAUGAAAAGCGAAGGCAGGUAUUGUCUUUGCAUGCUACCAUUACAGCUGAUGUGGAUGAGGACGUUUUUGGCGUUGAUGCACAUGGUGUUGAGAAAGUUGGCAAGAGAAAGAGGUGGAUUGGUGGGAGAGAUGGUAUUGGGCAUAGAGCGGCUGUUGACAUUACUGCUGCUGAUGGUCGGACGCUCACCAGAAGCAUCGAGAAGGACGAGUAG